AUGGCAAAAAAGAAAGAAACUGUACCCGAUAAGAUUGUAUACAAUGACGAGGGUGACAUGACUUAUUCGUGCGUGCAUUGUGGUGCUAAAUUUUGGUAUGGAGAACGACUAAACAGAAGAAGGAGGACGGGGGAUCCAUCAUUCAACCUUUGUUGUAUGCACGGCCAAGUCAAAUUGCCUUUACUAAAGGAUCCUCCUGCUCUUAUUAAAAAAUUGCUGUUUGGGGAUGAUGAAAUGAGCAGGCACUUUCAAAAAUUUAUCAGAAUCUACAACAUGUUGUUCUCUAUGACGUCUCUCGGAGGUAAAACUGAUCGUUCUAUCAAAAAAGGAAAGGGUCCAAACAUGUUUCAGCUGCACGGAGAAAAUUACCACCUAAUUGGAAGUAUGCUUCCAAACCCCGGUGAUUAUGCAAAAUUCUAUCAGAUGUACAUAGUUGAUUCUGAAAAUGAAUUGGACAACAGACUGAAUUUUUUCAGUAAGGGGAAACACGCAUCCAAGCCAGAUAAGAAGAAUAGACUCAGGAAGGACAUCAUUGAUGCGCUGACAAAGAUGCUCGACGAUGUCAACCCCUAUGUCAAGAAUUUCAGGACUGCAAGAGAAAGAUUCAACACUAAUCCUGAAGAUAGUUUUCAUAUGAGGAUAAUUAGUGAUCGUGUUACAGAUGGUAGAACUUACAAUGUUCCAACUGUGUCUGAGGUUGCUGCAAUUAUUCCCGGAGAUUUCAAUUUAGAAAUGGGUACAAGACGGGAUAUUGUUCUAGAGAAACGAUCAGGCAAGCUGCGACGGAUAAGCGAAAUCCAUCCAGCCUACAUACCACUGCAAUAUCCUCUGGGGUUUUCUUAUGGAGAAGAUGGUUUCCGACUUGGAAUUAAGAAAGCCAAUGUUGAAGCUUCUAAGAAGACGAAAAAGGAAAACAUCAGCGUUAGACAGUUUUUUGCGUAUCGUCUAAUGGUUAGACCAAACGAGUCAAAUCACUUGCUACACUCUAGGAGAUUGUUCCAGCAGUAUCUGGUUGAUACCUACACUAUGAUAGAGUCUAACAGAUUAUCCUACUUGAGAUUGAACCAGACAAGUUUGAGGUCUGAUAGCUAUGACUCUAUCAAACAAGCGGAAGACCACGGUGUUAUUGAAAUGGAUGAACAAGGCAAUAAAUUUCUGCUACCUGCGAGUUUCACUGGUGGACCAAGAUACAUGAGGGAGUUGUAUUUUGACGCCAUGGCCAUUUGUAGACAUCAUGGAUUUCCAGAUCUUUUCAUUACUUUUACAUGCAAUCCUAAAUGGCCAGAAAUAUCAAGGGAUCUCGCAGGGACCCGUCUAAGUGCCACUGAUAGAGCUGAACUUAUUAGCAGAGUCUACCGGAUGAAACUAAAAUCUCUUAUGGAAGAUCUAACUCUCAAAAACCUGCUGGGAAAAACGGUGGCCUCUAUGUACACCAUAGAAUUUCAAAAGCGAGGUUUGCCACAUGCACACAUUCUUCUAUUCAUGGAUCAGAAGUCAAAGCUCCAGACAACAGACGCUAUUGACGAUAUUAUAUCCGCCGAAAUACCAGAUAAAUCAAAAGAUCCAGAGUUGUAUGAUGUUGUGAAAGAUAUGAUGAUUCAUGGACCAUGUGGUCAUGCCAACCCCAAUUCACCAUGUAUGAGCAAUGAUAUAUGUACUAAGAACUUCCCCAAGAGCCACGCUGAAAAGACUACAAUCAAUAGAGAAGGAUUCCCAUUAUAUAGGAGACGCGAUCAGCCCAAUGUGUUUGUGGAGAAGAACGGUUUUAAAUGCGACAACAGAUACGUAAUUCCAUACAACAAAACCCUAUCCGUCCGUUAUAGAGCACACAUCAAUGUUGAGUGGUGUAACCAGACGGGGGCUGUCAGAUAUUUAUUUAAGUACAUCAACAAAGGAGCCGAUCGUGUUUCUGUUGUCGUUGAGUCAGCUGAGGAAGCCAGGAGAAAAACAAAGAGCGGACAUAAGGAUGUUAGUGGAGAUGCCAACAGUCGAUCAAAUGAUGAGGGUGUUAGCGCAGAGAAGAAAGCUUCCAAGGAAAAUAGGAAUGAGAUCAAGGACUACUUUGAUUGCCGGUACAUUUCACCCUCUGAAGCUGUUUGGAGAACAUUCAAAUACCCGAUACACCAUAGAUCUGUAUCAGUGGAGAAACUGACAUUCCACCUCGAAGGGAAACAGUUGGUUAUUUACAAAGGUAGUGACAAAAUGGAGAGGGUCGUAACACGUAAACUAAUUGAGAAGACAAUGAUGCUGGCAUGGUUUGAACUGAACAAGGAGUGUGAAUUUGCUAGAACGCUUACCUAUGUUCAGAUUCCAAAUUAUUUUACCUACGUAAAAAGUGAAAAACGCUGGAAACGUAGAAAGAGAGGAUUCAGCAUUGGAAGAAUCAAUUACGCACCAAGGAAGAUUGAAGAUGCUUACUAUUUGAGAAUGCUGUUAAACGUCGUGAGAGGUCCAAGAUCGUUUGAGGAGAUAAAGACCUAUAAUGGUGUGUUGUACCCUGAAUUUAAAGAUGCCUGUUACGCUAGGGGCCUGCUAGAGGAUGACCAAGAGUAUAUCGAUGAUAUUUGCAGAAGAAGCUUCACAUGUCCUCCAUCACAACUUCGCCAGUUGUUUGUCAUCAUGCUUACUUCAGAUAGUCUGAUUUCGCCAGAUGUAGUUUGGUAUGCGUGUUGGGAGUUUCUUUCUGACGACAUGGAGAUGAUUAGAAGAAGAGAUCUUAAUAGACCAGCACUUACGCUAAGUGACGAAGACAAAAGGGAAUAUGCUCUCCAGGAGAUUGUAAAGUUAGUAAAAAGGAAUGGCGCUGACUGGACGAGGUUUAAAAGUAUGCCUCAACCACGGGGAGUUACUUAUUCAGCUACCGAUAAUGUUCUAAUUUUUGAUGAAAAGAGUUAUGAAAAAGAGGAGCAGAAAACAAACCACGACAGAGACUUUGCUAAGCUUACUCCUGAACAGAAGAAAGUGUAUGAGGAAAUAAUUGGUUCUGUUUUAGCGAGAAAAGGAGGAGUGUUCUUUGUAUAUGGCUUUGGUGGAACUGGAAAAACAUUUUUGUGGAGGAUUUUGUCUUCUGCAAUUAGAUACAGGGAAGAGAUCGUUUUAAAUGUAGCUUCAAGUGGUAUAGCAUCACUACUGUUACAAGGAGGCCGCACGGCUCAUUCCAGGUUUGGGAUACCUCUGAAUCCAGAUGAGUUUACUACAUGUGUUAUGAGCAAAGGUUCUGAUCUAGCAAAUUUGGUCAAAGAGUCGUCUCUUAUUAUAUGGGACGAGGCUCCUAUGAUGAGUAGGCAUUGUUUCGAGUCUUUGGAUCGAAGUCUUUCAGACAUUAUUGGUAAUAAAGAUGGAAAGCCGUUCGGAGGUAAAGUAAUUGUGUUUGGAGGUGAUUUCAGACAAGUUCUUCCAGUAAUACCUGGUGGUGGUAGGGCACAAAUAGUAGGAGCCUCGCUGAACUCAUCUUAUCUUUGGAAACACUGCAAAGUUUUAAAACUGACAAAGAACAUGAGGCUCUUAUCUGGUAAUCUGAGUGAAGAAGAAGCAAGAGACCUAAAGGAAUUUUCAGAGUGGAUACUCGAUGUUGGUAAUGGAAGAAUAGCGGAACCUAAUGAUGGUGAAGCUGAGAUCGAAAUUCCUGAGGAAUUCCUUAUAAUGGAUGAAGAGGAGCCUAUUGAAUCUAUAAGCAGGAAGAUCUAUGGAAGUUCCGAGGCUCUGCAGGACAACACGGAUCCAAACUUUUUCCAAGGAAGAGCAAUUCUUUGUCCUACGAACGAAGAUGUCGACAAGAUAAACCAGCACAUGCUAGACAAAUUGAAUGGAGAGGAACGAAUUUAUCUCAGCUGUGAUACCUUGGAUCCUUCAGACUCUUCUGCCAUGAAUGACGAGGCUCUAAAUUGCCUCUAUCUGUUGCUUUUGCCAUAA